CUUGCUCCACACAGGCAGGGAGGAAGAGAGGGAGCGAGCGAGCGAGCUGGGCCAGGCAGCAGUGCAUCUCCAGUUUACCGGAGGACGCCAGUGUUGUGUCGCUGAAGGCUCCGCAACUGAUCCCCACCGCUGUGCUGCACAUCCUGUCCACAAAAAGUAGCACCGUUUUUGGGAAGCAUUGCAAAUCUUGCUCGACUUCACUUUGCAAGCCGAGGACUCGGUCCAAAGUGUACCUGGAACGGAGCAGGUCCGGUUGGGGGGGGGGGAUCUACGAGGCGGACAAAUCAGCGUCGAGCGCGAGGUGCAAGACAACAAUAAGACAGGAUGAAUCUCAACACUCAUGCCAUCUUCACCCUCUACACGGUUUAUGGGAUUCUUCUUAAAGUGAUGGCUUCCAAAGGCAAAGUCAGAGGCAUCAGCGGCCAGCAUCCUCUGGUUCAGAAUGUCACCGUGACAGAGGGCGGGACAGCCAACAUGACAUGUCGCGUGGAGUACAACGACAACACCUCCCUCCAGUGGUCCAACCCGGCACAGCAAACUCUCUUCUUCGGUGACAAGAAAGCUUUGAGGGACAACAGAAUCGAGUUGAUCCGUGCGUCGUGGUCGGAGUUGACUAUCAGCAUCCAUGAUGUCACGCUGUCUGAUGAGGGGAUGUAUACCUGUUCGCUUUUUACCAUGCCCGUCAAAACUGCCAAAGCCUACCUGACAGUCCUUGGCGUGCCGGAGAAACCCAAGAUCGAGGGCCUGAUGAAACCCGCCUUGGAGGGCGAUCACAUCACUCUGACCUGCAUGACGCACGGUAGCAAACCUGCUGCCGACUUGCGCUGGUUCAAAAAUGAAAAGGAGGUCAAAGGAGCCAAGCAGGUCAACGCUAGCGGGAAGACUUUCACAGUGCGCAGCUCGUUGCAGCUGCACGUGGACCGACGUGACGACGGAGUGGCGUACACCUGCAGAGUGGACCACGAGGCACUCGCGCAGACGCCGCAGCAGAUCACCGAAGUGCUGGAGGUCCACUAUGCUCCUCGGGUGGAGAUCAUCCACUCUUUGGCCGUCCCUCAGGAGGGUCAGUACCUAAAGUUGGAAUGUGUGUCUCAAGGCAACCCUUCGCCAGAUCCUGUCAUGUGGACGAAAGACGGCGUGGAACUUUCAGACCUGGGCAGGGUGAUUGUGGAAGGUCGGGAGCUGACGUUCACGUCACUGAACAAGACUGACAACGGCACGUACCGCUGCGAGGCCAGCAACCACCUAGGCACCAGCAGCGCUGAAUAUGUACUCUACGUCUACGAAGAACCCACCACCCUGCCUCCAUCCACCACCCCUCCCUUCCAUCCCAUCCCCCCAGACUCCACUGUUCUAAUAGGCACCCACGCUUCAGACCCCACAGUCACUGGAAACCGAGAUCCCAACGCUCUGGCCCAUCACGGCACGGACCACGCUUUGAUCGGGGGUGUGGUGGCUGUGGUGGUCUUUGUCACCUUGUGUUUAAUCAUUGUUCUGGGAAGAUACCUGGCCAGGCAUAAAGGAACGUACCUGACAAACGAGGCCAAAGGGGCGGACGACGCGCCCGACGCCGACACGGCCAUCAUCAACGCCGAGGGCAACCACGCGCACGCCGAAGAAAAGAAGGAAUACUUCAUCUAGACUGUAGAGGGCGCCUCCCUUGCCAUCCGUCCCUCCUUGUCUUCUUCUCCCUCUCUCUCUCUCUGUCUCUCUCUCUCUCUCUCUCUCUCCCUCCCCCAGUGUUUGCCCUCUUUUUGGCUUCAUCUUUUCCCAUCAUGGUUCAGCGGCCAUUUUUGGCAGGCAUCGCUGCUGAAGUUCCCACGUAUUUUUGCCCCUUCAACUCUGUAAAUCUGUAAAUCUACCAUGACUGCUUCUUACACCCUCCAGUCCGACACCUGAACACGCUAACACAAGCCCCUCCCACUCAUCCACACCACCACACCACACACACACACGUCUCACAUCUACACGGUGCCUAAAAAAAAUACAGACGCCAUUGAACUCGUGUCAAUGCCUUCAUGUAUCAGUCAGUAGCAAUGUAAAUGCUUUUGUAGGUGGUCACCCGGACGGCCCAUCAUCCCGUUGCUUAGCUCACAGCAUUGUGUUUUUGAUUCUUCUCAAUUUUUUUUUAUUUCGAUGAUGAUCUGUGCUGUUUGGCGCCUUAUACAUAUCUACUACACUCAAUAUCUUAGACGACGGAUCCCUCCUUCGUUAAAUAGACUUGUAAUUAAAAUGUGGAGCCAUGUAAGAUAAGAAGGCGGCUUUGUGUGGUACUCGAGUUGCAAGGUUGCCCGGAUCCGUGUGUAGUUAGUACAGUAGAGCGGGGGGGUGUAGCGUGCUACCGUUUAGAACUGAGAAUACACACCAAAAAUUUUGCAAGCGAUGCUAGAUGAGAUCUUUCAUCCAUUGAGAAGAAUAGAAGAGCUUUUUCUAAAUCUGCUACCAAUCUACUUUUUGUGUAUAUUCUUGAACUCGGCAGCCGCUUUUGUUUUCAACACGAUGGCUUCAGGUCGACUAGUUGUAUAAAUUGUAUUUAAGUUAGCAAAAAAGCAUUUAUGUUCUAAUGAGAAGAGAGGGAGGAAAAAAACAUCCCGUCAAAUGUAAAAUCGGAAAACGGAUUGAAAAGAGUUCAUUAGUUACGUUAUGUACAGGGAUUUUGUGAUCAAUGCAAUUUAUUGCUGUAAAUUCUGUUUUGAUGUGCACUUCAACUCAUUUUAUCUUUUUAUGGACCAAGCAGUUUGACUUUGAAAAGGGAAAAGUACAAAAAGUUCAAAGGUUCAAAGUUGAGUAUUUUACCUUUACAUGAGUCCGGUAUUAAGUCCAUCUCAGACGUGCGCAGUGAAAGUUAAUGUUUGUGUGAAAUAUUCACAAUUGGAACAACCGAAGGGGCAAACUAUUUAAAAAAAAAAAAAGGUCAUGAAUGUGUUGCGUUGUUUUCCAUACAUUAUUUCCCAAAUGAUAAAUCUUGAUGGACAAAGAUAAAAGCACAAGAUGGAGUUAAUGUUUUGCCUUGAGGGUGCUACUUGAUUCAAAUUGACAGCGAUCUUUGUUUCCAAAUCGUCCAAACAAAAGAAAAAAAAUCCAAUACUUUUCUUUGAAUGGUUUUAAACUCCCUGCUGUGUAUCGUGUCUGCUAAAACGUGUUUGAUUGUGAAAAUUGCUAUUGAAUUCCAGCUCUCUUAUAAUCUUUUUGUAUAUUAGCAACUUUAUCAAUUGUUUUUUAUUUUUUUUUAUUUUUAAUCUGUCAUUACAUAUACUUUGACCAAUUUUUGCAUUUUGUUUUGGCACACGGCAUGUAAAUAAUGUGUGGGAAACUAAAGUUGGUAAAACCACAUCA